AGAGCCCCUGCCACGAGUAGAGUGCUAAGCAGUAGGCAGCCAUGGCCAAGUCACAUCUACUGCAGUGGCUGCUGCUGCUGCCGACACUCUGCAGCCCAGGCGCAGCUGCUGGGUCAGCCUUGUCCCCAGAUUGUGCACAAGGCCCUAAAUUCUGGUGCCAAAACCUGGAGCAAGCGGUACAGUGCAGAGCCCUGGGGCACUGCCUACAGGAAGUCUGGGGACACGUAGGAGCUAAUGACCUGUGCCAAGAGUGUGAAGAUAUUGUCCACCUCCUCACAAAGAUGGCCAAAGAAGACAUUUUUCAGGACACAGUCCGGAAGUUCCUGGAGCAAGAGUGUGACAUCCUUCCCUUGAAGCUACUUGUGCCCCGGUGUCGCCAAGUGCUUGAUGUCUACCUGCCCAUGGUUAUCGACUACUUCCAAAGCCAGAUUAACCCCAAAGCCAUCUGCAGUCAUGUGGGCCUGUGCCCACUUGGACAGCCUAAGCCAGAGCAGAAGCUAGGCAUGGUGAACGCUACUCCAGACCUUCUGUUGAACAAGCCGGUCCUCCCCGCACUGCCAGGAGCUCUCUUGGCAAGGCCUGGGCUACACACACAGGAUCUCUCUGAGCAGCAGCUCCCCAUCCCUCUGCCCUUCUGCUGGCUUUGCAGGACUCUGAUCAAGCGGGUCCAAGCUGUGAUUCCCAAGGGUGUGCUGGCCGUGGCUGUGUCCCAGGUGUGCCACGUGGUACCCCUGGUGGUGGGUGGCAUCUGCCAGUGCCUGGCUGAACGCUACACAGUACUCCUGCUAGAUGCACUGCUGGGCCGUGUGGUGCCGCAGCUAGUCUGUGGCCUUGUUCUCCGAUGCUCCACUGAGGACGCUGUUGGCCCAGCCCUCCCUGCUCUGGAGCCUCUGAUAGAAGAAUGGCCGCUACAAGCUACUGAGUGCCAUUUCUGCAAGUCUGUGGUCAGCCAGGCCUGGAACACCAGCGAACAGGCUAUGCCCCAGGCCAUGCACCAGGCCUGCCUUCGCUUCUGGCUGGACAGGCAAAAGUGUGAGCAGUUUGUGGACCAGCACACGGCCCAGCUGCUGGCCCUGGUGCCCAGGAGCCGGGAUGCCCACACCACCUGCCAGGCACUGGGAGUGUGUGAGGCCCCGGCCAGCCCUCUGCAAUGCUUCCAAACCCCGCGCCUCUGAGGAGAACUCGGUCUCCAGGGUACCUUAUACCAAAGGACCAUAAGUCUCGGCUUGCACCCUCAACCCUGUGUCGACCUGUAUGUCCCAGGCCAACCACAGCCCAACAUGAGUUGUUUCUGUCUCCUCUGGGAAUGAGGUGUAGCAGGCCCAUGUCUUCUGGAAGCCUUCAGAAGGGGCUUCAGGGCUUUACUCACACCAGAGCGAAGCUCAGUCCAACAGCUCCCACAGCCCCCCA